AUGGAACAACAAACACAAGUCUCUUUAAAGAAAGGCGCAAAGCACUGGAAAAAAAGAAAAUCUAGUCAUUGUGAAUCAUUUCCGCAUUAUCUUGAAAUUAAUGGAAGUAUUCCAUCUGUUAUUAUUUCUCCAUCAGACCAACAACCAAAAUGUACAAUUCUUUAUAGUCAUCAUUCAACAGAGAGAUUAGAAACAAUUUAUGAAUGGCUAAGAAAAAUGUCAUUAUUACUUCAUUCUGUUGUUGUUGGUUAUGAAUAUCCAGGAUAUAUGAAUGGGACAACCGAAUUCUCUGAAGACUCAUUGGCUAAGGUUAUUGUUCAAGUCUUUGAUUAUGUUGUUAAUACAAUGAAUGUAGAUUCAAGUAAAAUUAUUCUAUUUGGUAAAGGGGCUGGUGCAGCAUCAACUUUAUUCCAAGCAUAUAAAUGUAGAAAAGAACAUAUGGUUGGAGGAGUUAUUCUUGUUAAUCCGCUAGUUAAUAUGUCUCUAGUUACUUUAUCUAAAUUCCAGAAAGUUAGUCAUAUAAAAGCAGUAACUGCACCUGUUGCUGUUAUUUUUGGUCAGUUGAUUAGUGAAAAAAAAUAUAUCAGAAAACUUUAUUCAUUACUUCAAAAUAAAAAAGGAAUUGCUAUGGUAGAUAAUGGAAGCUAUGACUUGGAAACACAUUUUUGUGAUGAGUUAACAGAUGAAAUUAUCAAGUUUCUUGUAGGAUUUAUUCCAGAUUUGGCAGGUUAUUUUAAUGGAGAUGAAAUAGAAAAAGAGAGACCAAAAGAAUAUCAGUUUAAUUCUUUUGAUGAAAUAAGUGCAUUCCUCAGUCAAAGAAACCUCCAACAUCUAACAGACUUAUUGAUUUCCUUUGGGUAUUGUACAGUAGAUAAUUUUAUGACAAUGUUUCCUGAUGAAUAUGACUUUCUCGGAUUAGAACCAAAUGACUUAGUUGCUUUUAAACAACUAGUAGAAGAUGCAAAGAAAGAUCCUUCUUUAUUACAUCCAAAAACAAAAAGAAAAUCAUACAGUGUAAUGAUUCCCAAUGCUAAAGAAAUGUUUAGUGAUGAAGCAUUGAAAGAUUUGAAUGUAUUUGAGAAGAGAGGUAGUGUUAAAGACAUUUUAUUCCAAAGAAAAGUAAAAAGAACAUCAGUCCCUUAUUUACUCACAACGUCUACAAAAACCAAUCAGGAUGAAUCGCAUGAACCAACCCAUGAACAGGUUAUUAAUGUAACUAAUCAUAAGAAAAGUCAUAGUAAAGGUGAUGCUAUUUGUUAUAAGAAACAUACAAAUGAAAAGGAAACAAAAGCAGUUGCUGAAUCUGAUGAAAAAACGAAUGAAUAA